GAUCCACAGCGCAUUACUGUUACCGCACUUUUCGCGUGGCAGCGCCCCUUGCGCGUGGGUGCCCCGUGAGUCAGUGAUAAAACCAGGAACGUCGCUGCCGCGAGUGUCUGACGCGCCUCCCUCUCCGCCCAGAACCUUCAGGCGGCGGAGCUCACACUGGGGUCCCGCGCUUCGCCGCGUCCUCUGUGGCUUCAUUCACUCGCGCUCCGAGAUGGCUGCUGACCCCACACCCAUGAAGUGGUGGGGGCUCGACCCGCUGCACCGCACGCACGUCAAGCUCUAUGUGGCCGAUAUCCUUGGCAUGGCGCCGGCGGCCUCUACGCCAGGAGUGUAUUUCUACCGAAAUCACGCCAUCACCCACGUGGAUGUGAUGGGCACCGUCGUGGAGGUGCGAGAACGGGAGAGCUUCACGGCGUACGCGCUGGACGACGGAACGGGCGUCAUCACCUGCCUGUGCUGGAAGGAGCCAGAGCGGUGCAGGAGAGGAGGAGGUGGCACACUACCCCACUCAUGUGCAUCGCUGGUCGUAAUCCAGGAUCUCCUUGAGUCGGUCCUGCACAGGGAAGCGGAGAGCUCGCGCGCUCAACUCGGAGACUGGCUGCACGUACUCGGCAGCAUCAACUGCCAGUGGGAAACCAGAGAGAUACACGCCUCGUACUACAGCAGAGUGGAUGACCCAGGGUGCGUGCAGCUAAUAGAACGCCUGCGAGAGCAAGUGCGGCUGUAUACGCAAUACUACGAUAAGGAGUAUGCAUGGGCUGAGAACACCAGUCAGCUUAGAGGACAGAGCGACAUUCUACUGGGCACGCUCAGCGAUGGGAUUUUGAAAUUCCUGGAGGAUAAUGGCAUGCGAAGUGUUUAUUUCCAAGAGCUGCAGUGUGUGGAGAGUUUGGCAGCGCUCGCUGCGCUCACAGAGCGCGACACAGACCGAACUCGGAUGUUGGCGCAUACCUCCUCACGGCAUGAAAAGUGUGCCUCGCAACCUUCCUCAAAAAAGGAAGGCUGUGUGGCCUGCACUGCACAAGUUACCACGCACGCUCAGUUCCGUGAUGCGCUGUGCCGACUCGAACAGGAUGGCUUCGUUUACAAACAUCCCACGAACAAUGAGUUGUACUUAGUGACAGAUUUGGAUGUCAACUUGCGCGAUAACGUGCUGCUCGUGGUGCGUGGGAAAUGCACAGGGCCUGAUUCCAGGCAGAGUGUUGUGUCUCUGGGUGACAUAACGUACGCGGUGCGUAAUCUCUGUGGAGUCACCGUGCGGGAAAGCCAUGUAGAGCGGGUCCUGGCGGUGCUGCAAGAUAAAAGCUUAGUAUUUUGCAAAGGCAAAGAUGUGUACAUUGCAUUUUGAAAACUGUUGCUGUCCAGCAGGAAAUACUGUAAUAUUGUUAUGCUUGUUUACGUAGGAAAGCUUCACUUAAUUUCAGGGGGCGAUGUUGCAAUAUGUAAUUCCAGUUCGAGGCCGACCGAAACUGAAUUUCUGGUUUUGGCCAAAACCGAAACCAGACCGAAAGUAAAAAAUUGACUUUCAGCCGAAGCCGAAACCGAAAGUUUAACUUCACUUUUGGCCGAAACCGAAACACUAGCUUUACUACCCGAUGUCGCCCGGGACUUGGAUUCACCACGGCCGGCCGCCUUUGUCUCCCCAGUGGCGAUGUU